UGCUUGUACUGUUUGUUCGGAUCGGGAGAUAUCAACACAGGGGGAAGGAAACGCGACACACAGAUGACUGUAGGAGCAGGGAGGAGCCGACGCUGAACCAGAGAGCACGACAGGACUCACACUCGAGCUUAUUCACCGUUAGCUCUGUAUCCAAGUUCCCUCCGCCAGUGAGGAACAGUUUUAUCUUCUCAGAGGCAAGAUACAGCAGGCAAGACAGUUUCUGGACGCUUCAGGCACAAAGAUGAAUUCACUGAGUAAAUCUUCCAAAUGGCCGUCUUAUGACUCGCUUCCCUCCACCUCAAGCUUCCCCCCCAGCGAGAGCGAGCACACCGAGGACGAGGCAGACGUCUUCUCCGAGGGAGAGGGGGACGGCGAUUUAAAAAGCCCUCUGCACUCAAAGUUUGAUGCCGAUCAGUGUGAGCUGUACCCCGACGAAGCCAAACAUUUGUCUCCCGAACCCGUCGCAUUUGGAUCGUCCACAGCGACGCCGGGAGACUUGACCUUUGCUAAGAAAUGUGCCGAUUUGCACAGGUAUACCCAGCCAUUGCUUGGGCUUCUACAGGGACUAAAGACUGGAAGGUUUGACAAAGGAUUAACCAGCUUCCAGCAGAGUGUUGCCAUAGACCGAUUACAGCGAAUUCUUGGAAUCCUACAGAAACCGGAAAUGGGGGAGAAAUACCUCCAGAAUCUGCUCCAAAUAGAGAUGCUGCUGAAAAUGUGGCUCCCUCAGGAGUCGUUCAAGUCCGUGGACAAAACCGAGCAGGCCGGCACUCCCACACUCACCUCACACUGGAGGCAAAGUCAACUCCACAUCCCAGUCAAGAAAAGAAAACUGAGCUGGUCAGACGCCGACGCCGCCGACAGCGUCCCGGCUAAGCAGAACCACCGUCAACGCAGAGAACGCGAGAGCUGCCGCGCUGCCACAGAACUGGACGCGGCUCCCACACGUCUUCCUCUGUCGCCUGAAAAUCUGAGCGCGCUGGAGGAGAAAACGACCCCGGUGGCGACGCACAACAGUCCAGAAAGACAACGGCUGACAGAAAGGACCGGCUGCUUAAGCAGGUCUUAUUUAUGUAGCAGGGGAGAAAAUGAGAAGCUUACUGAGGUGUUUCUGCCCUCGCCGUGCGGCAGCCCAGCUACGCAGGACUGCUCGGUGUCGUCAAGCGACAGCUUUACUACGACGGACUCACCUUAACUGGCUGCGGCUGACCUUGCUAUCACAUGGAGGUACGUCAGCUGGCGUAAUGACAGAGGGCGGAUCCGAUUACAUAAGCAUAAGGUCUGGCAUGGGGCCAGUCUGCGACGCCUGCAGGGCAUUAAACCAGAGUAGGUGGAGGCCGAUACUUGUUAACCCCCAAAUCUCUGGGUUUCUUUUUCUAACGUGGCCGUUUUUUAUAAUAUUUUUUAUCAGGAGCUAUUGUUUGCAGGAAGGUGAUGUUUUUGUGUAAAAAAACCAAGUUGAAGGAGCUUUGAAAUAUUUUAUAUUUCUUCUGUGUUAAAGCAAUUUUUACUGUUUUUUGUAUUUUUUUUUUUACAUAAUGUAUGGCAACCUGAAAGGUUGCAGCACAGCAUUUUUAAAAUAAUACUAAUAAUGAUUUUUAUAAUUAUUAUUUUUUAUAUAUUAUUAGGAGCUAUGGUUUGUAUGAAGAUGUUUUUUUUGUUAGCUUAGAAAUAUUUGCUAUUUCUUGUGCACUAAAGCAGUUUUUUCACUGUUUUGUACUUUUUUACACAUUGUAAGGCAGCCCAAAAAGUAGUAGCAAAGCAUUUCAAUGACAAUAAUAAUGAUAUUUAUCUUUAUUAUUAUUAUUGUUUGUACUAGUAGUAGUGUUAAACAGAGAGGAUAACAUUUGUGACAUGCAGAACAUGCAUUUAAAUGUCCUUAACACUAUACUGCAGUAAUUUAAAAAGCCUUAUUGCUGAAUUCUUGCAAUUUAGGUAGUAAAUAUAUUAGUUGCAGCUUCCUGUAAUUUGGAAAAUAAACUUUUUUAGUCAUAUUAAGAACACAUUUAUAAGAAAAAAAGGCACUCUUUGAGCACAUUGCCUCCAAAAGCCUAUUUUGCUGACUUUUGUAUGUGGUGGUAGUGGUGAUGUUUUUGUUUUAAGUGACUUGGGGGCACUCCAAAACUGAAAAGGCUCUUCCUUUUGCCCGUUUUCUGCUUCCGACUUCCAUUAAAUUCAUCUCUGGUAGAUCUUGUCAUCUUGCUGAUUUACAUCAUCUCACAUUUCCCGCUCCAUUUUCACCCCAACAAUUUUUACAGACGAAGCCCAAAAUAGCGGCGCUUCUGCCAAGAUGUGCCAAACAGAGACAUCGCAUUUCCAUAUCGUAAACGGCUCACAGUGAUGUCACAAAUAUUAAAUAUUUCACAUCUUCCGAUCUUAACCUAUGGUGGAAAGGUUUAGCGUAAAAAAAAAACACUAGUUGAGCAAAAAAUACUUAUCUGUAAUCGAUUCUGCAUGUAUAUCGCGCUCUUUACGUAGCGAGUGCGCCACUCUUUUGCUUUUGUUGAAAAGAUGUUGCAGUGGAAAUUUGUAGCGCACUGUGAGACUGAAACAACCUAAUAUAUUUAAGCCUGUUUGCAUCUGAAUUCAUGUUUGCACUUUGGAUGAAAAUGAGGAAAUGUUACACACCUGUGGACAUCGGAGAAGUUGUGAUAUUAUUUAUAAAAGCAUUACUUGACUGUUUUUAAUUCCAUCGGCUGGUUUGUGUUGUGCCUCAGAGGUACUUGAACUACAGACCUGUGGCACUGUGCAGGGAAGCAUUUGAAGAAUAAAUGUGUAAUAUAUCCUAAAGCCAAGCAAUUUUAACAUAAUUUAAACAGAUUCGUCACACUGACAUCCUUUCGUGAAAUUGGCAACACUGUUAAGCGCACUAACAAAUGUGGUGAAGACGAAAGAAACUGAACCAUUUCCAUUCCUGAACUCGUGGUGUUAUUAUCUUUUUGAUAACAUUUUUGGUUUUGUACAUCCAUGCUUGUUAAUGGGGUUUCAUUCAUGUUGAAUGACGUCUUAUCUCUGAUGGUUUGUCAUCAGUCAGCCUUGCAUAUAAACACACAAGUAACAAUGUAUUUGCCUGCCUUUUGAUUAUACAGCAAAGAGUCAUCAUUUCAUAACUGAAUAAUAAUUAAAAAAAAUAAAUAAAUCAUGUCACUGCGAACCAAAUGUGCUUCUUGUGCGGGUGUUUCUCAGGCUUUUAUCGUUUUUGGAUAACUCAGUGUUAGUACUUGUAGAGAGAGAAAGCACAUGACAGAACAAUACAUGUACAAUAAAGCCUAGUGAUGCUUUAUGUUUUUAAACUGUAUCAUACGAUUGUAUAUUUAUCUAUUUGUGAAAUCAGACUAAAGCGCUCAUUUUGCAGUUUGGAUGUUUAAAAAAAAAGAAGUCACAAGUUAUUUGUUUUUGUUCAAGGCCAUUUCUUUGUUUCUUAUAAAUCAUAAUGUCCUUACUGGUGACUUGCUCGAUAAAAGCAUAUUUUUAUAUAUUAAAAGACUGAAAUGAUUUAUCAAAUCA